GGAGUUAAAGCAUACAGUUGUGACUUGUGUGGAAAAUCUUUUACCCAGGCUGGAAGCUUAAAAAAACACCAACUCAUCCACAGUGGAUUUAAACCUUACAGCUGUGACUUGUGUGGAAAAUCUUUUACCGAGGCUGGAAGAUUAAAAAAACACCAACUCAUCCACAGUGGAGUUAAACCGCAUAGCUGUGACUUGUGUGGAAAGUCUUUUACCGAGGCUGGAUCCUUAAAAAGACACCAACUCAUCCACAGUGGAUUUAAACCUUACAGCUGUGACUUGUGUGGAAAGUCUUUUACCCAGGCUGGAAGCUUAAAAACACACCAACUCUUCCACAGUGGAGUUAAAGCGUACAGCUGUGACUUGUGUGGAAAGUCUUUUACCCUGGCUGGAGGCUUAAAAACACACCAACUCAUCCACAGUGGAGUUAAAGCAUACAGUUGUGACUUGUGUGGAAAAUCUUUUACCCGGGCUGGAAGCUUAAAAACACACCAACUCAUCCACAGUGGAGUUAAAUCGUAUAGCUGUGACUUGUGUGGGAAGUCUUUCACCCUGGCUGGAAGCUUAAAAACACACCAACUCAUCCACAGUGGAGUUAAACCGCAUAGCUGUGACUUGUGUGGAAAGUCUUUUACCGAGGCUGGACACUUAAAAACACACCAACUCAUCCACAGUGGAUUUAAACCUUACAGCUGUGACUUGUGUGGAAAGUCUUUUACCCAGGCUGGAAGCUUAAAAACACACCAACUCAUCCACAGUGGAUUUAAACCUUACAGCUGUGAUGAGUGUGGGAAGAAUUUUACCCGGGCUGGACACUUAAAAACACACCAACUCAUCCACAGUGGAGUUAAAGCACACAGCUGUGACUUGUGUGGAAAGUCUUUUACCAAAGCUGGAGAC